AUGGCUUCUAGUCACACGAAAUCCCAAUACGCGCCAGCGGCCCAAGUUCCGCUUAUCAAGUCGCCCAGUUUACGCGUACCACGACCUAUCGAGCUUCCUCCAGAGACGCACCCGUUGCCCGAGAGUAUUGAAGCAUAUUUCGUGUAUCCGUUCACUCUCGAGCCACACGUUCUCUCCCUCGAAUCCGCCCGCGCCCAGACACAAGCCGAUCAUGCCGCGCGGAGAGCUGCACUCCUAGCGGCUCGCGCAGACGAACGUGAACGGCGCAGACGAGCGGCACUUGCACGUGUGGCGCCUGGAUUCGACGGCAGCGGGCUGCUCGUUCCAACACGGAAGGAGGUUCUAUCCCCGGCGGCGAAUCCAAGUUCUGCGGCCCCGAGUGAGCCGAAAGAGGAGAGGAGGAGAGAUGUUAUGGAUGAUCUAGUGGACGAGCUGGCGAAACUGGACUCAUCACAGUGA